UGCAGUACAGAUUUCAUACAUUCGCGUAAGUUGUAAUAAUCGCGUAAUAAAUGACCAUGUCAUCUAUUUGAUCGCCGUUGACGACACACAGUUCGGUGAUGAUUAAUUCAAAACGUAGACGUGAUAACGAUAAAUUGCUCCGAAUAGUUAUCUCUAUAAUGUGUAUAAGGUUCACGCGUUAAACCAGUUUCUUAUAUUUAUCGUAAGACACAUUAUGCGAUCGAGAUGCAAGCUAUACACUUGUACUCGUCGCAGUAAAAUUUUCGUGUUAUUAUAAAUCAGUCUGGAUAUAUGCGAUUCCAAGAAAUUAAAUUUCUAAAAAACGAGAAAACAAAAUCAUCAUGUCGGACAUAAAAGUGUUAGAUGGUGGUUUUUCCACGCAACUGUCCACUCAUGUGGGUGAAAAAAUCGACGGUGAUCCUCUGUGGACCGCACGUUUCCUCAUAACGGAACCUAAAGCUGUCUUCUCUACUCAUUUGGACUUCUUGCGAGCCGGCGCCGAUAUCAUAGAGACAAAUACGUAUCAAGCAACCGUCGAUGGUUUCAUAAAAUAUCUGGGUAUUACCGAAGAAGAAAGUCUUGAAAUUAUUCGUAAAGCUGUCGAUUACGCUAAAGACGCUGUGAAAAUUUACAGUAAAGAAAUAGAGGGUAAUGAAAAUGUGAGGAAUCGAAAACCAUUGAUUGCUGGAUCUUGCGGACCUUAUGGUGCUUGUUUGCAUGAUGGCUCAGAGUAUACUGGUUCGUAUUGUACGCAUGUAUCACGAGAAUUUUUAAUUGAUUGGCAUAGACCUCGCAUACGUGCGUUACUGGAGAAAGAUGUCGAUCUAUUGGCGAUAGAAACGAUACCUUGCGUUCGUGAGGCGGAGGCUAUAAUUGAUCUACUUAAAGAAUUUCCGGAUACACGUGCAUGGCUAUCAUUCUCCUGCAGAGACGACGGAAAAAGCUUGGCAGAUGGUAACAACUUUCAGGAAACUGCCGUGAGAUGUUACCAAGAUGCAUUACCUGGACAAAUAUUAGCAAUUGGUGUUAACUGUAUCGCUCCGCAAUCUGUUACCAGUUUAUUACAAGGGAUAAAUAAAGGCGAAUCGGAAGAUUUUAUACCGUUGGUGAUAUAUCCUAACAGUGGAGAAAAAUAUAUAGUCUCUGAAGGAUGGAAAAAAAAAGGAGAAGCCCCCUCUAUGCACGAAUUCAUUGAUGAAUGGCUGGACCUUGGCGUACGUUACAUUGGUGGAUGUUGCAGAACGUACGCUACAGAUGUCAAACGAUUAAGAUGUAAAGUGGACCAGCGGCAAGCAUAAAGAUACAUAAAUUUAACGAUCAACAAGAAUAUACGAAACUUUAUACAAUUUUUAUAAUAAUUAAUUAUAUAAAUCUGAUUGUAUUAAACAAAUACAAAACUUCAAAUAUUAGAUAAAUAAUAAAAAUUACUAAAAUUUUAUUUCAAUAAGUUUCUAAAUGUACGACACAAUGUAAUAUACUCUUGAGUAAUUUAUAAAAUAGUAUUAAAAUUAGUUUGAUAAAAAUGAUAUGAGAAGU